AUGGAAACAAGCUUCAUCAAGCUUCCCCUCCCCAUCUUCUAUCUCCUACUUCUCAUCCUGUGUCUCUGCAGCGAACCCUUCUGGGCAAGCCAUGCACAUGCACAUGCACAUGCCCACACGCCAUGCAACGGAUCAAUCGCGGAGUGUGAGGAAGCCGUGGAGAAUUUGAUGGAGUCAGAGAUUAGUCGGAGGUUUCUUGAACAGAGGAAGUAUAUCUCAUCAGGAACUUUGAAGAAGGACGAACCAGUAUGUAAUGGUGGAGAAAGUGGUGAAGCUUAUUCGAAAAGUGAAGAGUGUCUCCCUCGUCAGUCUAACCCUUAUAAUAGAGGUUGUUCCAAGUAUUAUCGUUGUAGGAGUGAUUCAUGA